GCACUUGGGCACCCCACGGAGGCGGAGGAACAGCAUGGACGUGCCGUGGUGGCUGCCGGCGUGCGCGUCUGUGGGGGCGCGGCGAGGAUGGCAUCUUCAGCUGGCACUCCGGGACAACGACGAGGGGGGUGCCAAGUGGAAGGAAGAGGAGACGGUGAAGAUGCUGCGGCCGUCGGUGUGGCUCACGGAGGACUUCCCGCUGAGCGUCGAGGAGUUCCUGCCGCUGCUGGACAUCCUGGCCAGCCGCGUGCGCGCCGUACGCCGGCUCCGCGAGCUGCUCACCACCAAGUUCCGACCAGGGACGUUCCCCAUGAAGGCUGCUGGGUCCAAUCGGUGCAAAAGGAUAAGUGAGGGGCAAAGUCGUCCUUUCAGUGGGGCUGUAAAAUUAAAAGGAAAAAGAAAAUAACAGAAAUAGAGAAAAAUAGAUGAAAACUCCGCCCUCUCCCUCGACUCCGCCUUCUCCCUCGCAGGCACGCACGACUCCUCUCUUCUUCGCGCCGCCGCCGAAAUCCACGCCGGCGGCUCCUGCUGCGCCGCAUCUCACUGAAAUUCUCAGCGAAAGGGCAAGCUCCGCGAGGGGGUCGGGGGAGAAGACGACCUGCAUCAAACGGAUUGAGGAUCUGUAAGGAUGAAUUCUAAGCGUAGGAGGAGUCAUAGUCCAGUUGAAUACAAGGAAGGUUGUGAUAAAGAUUAUGAGACUUCAGGAAGGAAGGAUAACUCAAGAGAUCUAGAAGAGUCAAAAGAUACUAGAUUAGGAAGAGGUCAUGAUUCGGGUAGGCACACUGAUAGGCAUUCCUUUGGAACAUCGCGUGACUCAAAGAGGCAUGAUGACUAUAGGAGGUACCAUGAUAUGUACAGUGAUGAUUAUGGUAGGAGCCAUACAAGAGCCUCUCGGUCAGAUCGUGAAUCAAGGACUGAUACCUAUUAUGAUCGCUCAAAGCGUGACUACACGUCUGGUAGAUCACGUGGUGACCAGCGAGAUAUUGACAGUAGGUAUGGAGAGAAAUCUGUCAGUCGAGAUCAGAGGAGUAUAAAUGAAAGAAAGCAAGACUCCCCUCGUGCGUAUCAAAGGAAUGAUAUUGGAGAGUACAACAAAUAUACAGAUGCAAGAAAACAAGAGUACAGAGGUUAUGGAGACGACAGAGAUCAUUGCAGGGUUGUUGAUAAGAACAAGGAAACCAUUAAGGAGGAUGAAGUCCUGAAGAAGAGAGAUGGAAAGGAAAUUGAGAAAGAAGCUUUGGUGGAAACUAGGGAGAAGAGAAGAAGUCUGUUCAGUUCAACUGGGACAAAUACUGAUAACCCAGAUGAUGCCAAACUAUCCUCAGUCACAAAUGAAGCCUUGGAUAACUCUGCAGCAAGCUUAGAUGAUGGUGCAAAUGCAGCUAAAGUUGCAGCUAUGAAAGCCGCCGAAUUAGUGAAUAGGAAUAUUGCUGCAUUUGGUGCCGGAACUGGGCGCCUAUCCACUGAUCAGAAGAAAAAGCUUCUUUGGGGCAACAAAAAGAGUAAUACUUCAGAGGAGACAAGUAAUCGCUGGGACUUAAAUUUGUUUUCUGAUCGUGAACGCCAAGAGAAAUUUAACAAACUCAUGAGUCUGAGGAUGCCUUGGUGGCUAUGGCUUAUUGCAGGGUGUGAAGAACAGUGCCCCGGUUCAGGAGAAAAAGGUUCAGAACAUGGACGGGAGCUCAGACGAAGCCAAGAAGCUGGAGGAGCUCGACACCAACCUCGAGAAGCAUUAUAUAGCAGGACUACGCCGAAGAGAUGGGAGGACCGUUGGUCUUGGCCUCUAGGGAACUCUGCUUGCAAAUGCUAUGGAGUCGGAAAAUUCGAAAGCCUGCUAUGUAUAAUUUUGAUGGCAUGUUUAUCCAGGCACGCAGACGGUUAACUACAUGUUUUAUUUACCUAUGUUACUGUGUAACUUAUUAUUCUGGAGGACUGGUUUACUGGUAUGUUUGCUUAUUAUUGAUCACAAGCACCACUGCAGCUAUUCUUAACAGCAAA